GUUCUUCGCAAUUCUAAUUUCGCGUUAACUAGUUGUUGAAUGGAAUUUGCAGAUGUGUUAUGUGAUCAAUGGAAUUGGAAUUUGUUGUGCUUUAAGAAGUAUGAUUUAACGUAGGCAUCCACGAGUGCACCAUCUCCAUCGAGACUUCGAUGGCACCAAGAAUCCGUGGUUUCCGUUCACUUUUAAGUUCACGGUCGACCAUCGGCUACCACCACUUGUUGCAUAUCGUUCUUCCAGACACGCGCGUGUCCGUCGAAGCAGCAGCAGCAGCAGCAACAACAGUGAUGUGUCAUUGUAGAGAUCAGCAAUUCAACAAAAAAGCAAAGAUCAAGAAGCAGUGAGUAAAGCAUAUUUGCGCGACCAAUUAGCACCCCACGAGCAAACAAAACGAGAGGAAGUGCCGCCCUUAAUCCUCCUCCCAUCAUCAAACGCGAUCAUUUGCAUCUCCACCGGUUUCUCUUUCGCCGCACUCUCUCUUUCUCUGCGCGCAUCUCGUGAUUUGACUACCGCUUCAGAGAUGGCCGCGUGAAGAAGAAGAGCGCAAUUUGAAAAUGUGGAUUAAUCGCUUAUCGCAUCGGAAGGUCGUCGGGUUAUUGUUAUUGCUUUAAUUCAUCGCAAGAGAAGUCUUCUUCGGGCCAUGUUAGGCGGUCCCAUAAGAAAAUGCAGAAAACUAUGGCCAUUGCUCAUACUGCCCUUAGCCCUUCUGCUCAUCGUGUUUACGACGAAGACAUACUUAGAUCAGAAUGUUUCACCGCAGAAGAUCGGCUUUAGAAGUCGAACGCAUCAGCAGGAGGAAUAUGUGGAUAGAAACGGGAUAAAGGUUGUAGUUGGACAUUACAUCGGUCCAUCUGUGAAGAAGCUUCCGAACGCCUCGAGAGAUAUGAUCAACGCCAACGAUUUUGCUCCGGUCCGGGGCGCUGGGAAGGACGGAAGACCCGUGGUCAUCCAACCCAAAGAUCUGCUGAAGAUGCAGCAGCUGUUUCAGAUCAACCGAUUCAAUCUGCUGGCGAGCGACAGGAUUCCCCUGAACAGGAGUCUGCCAGAUGUCAGGAGGAAAAAGUGCCGAUACUUGUACGAAGAUUACGAUACUUAUCCGAGCAGUUCUGUGAUCAUCGUCUUUCACAACGAAGCUUGGUCGACGCUCUUCAGAACGGUUUGGAGCGUGAUCAAUCGAUCGCCGCGCGAGUUGCUCAAGGAAAUCAUUUUGGUGGACGAUGCGAGCGAAAGAGAAUUUUUGAAAACGCCGUUGGAUGAAUACGUUAAAUCGUUACCGGUUACAACUAAGGUGAUUCGAAAUUCCAAAAGAGUUGGUUUGGUGAAGGCUAGGCUUCAAGGAGCUGCGCGAUCGUUUGGUGAAGUCUUGGUGUUUCUGGACGCUCACUGCGAGUGCACCAGAGGUUGGUUAGAAAGUUUGUUGGCGCGGAUUAAGCAGGAUAGGAAAACUGUAGUUUGUCCGGUCAUAGAUAUAAUUAACGAUGAUUCGUUUGCUUAUGUUAAGAGUUUCGAGUUGCAUUGGGGCGCUCUGAACUGGAAUCUUCAGUUUAGAUGGUACACGCUCGGUGGUAGAGAGCUGAAGAAGCGUAAAAUGGAUACGACUGAACCUUUUUUCACUCCUACCAUGGCCGGAGGUUUGUUCGCUGUGGAUAGGGAAUAUUUCCAAGAGAUCGGCAGUUAUGACGAGGAGAUGCGUAUUUGGGGAGGUGAGAAUCUCGAGCUUUCGUUCAGAAUUUGGCAGUGCGGAGGGAAAAUCGAAAUCGUCCCUUGUUCCCACGUUGGUCAUCUGUUCAGGAAAUCUUCACCGUACACCUUCCCCGGUGGCAUCACGAAGACCCUCUACUCGAACCUGGCGAGAGUCGCCCUCGUCUGGAUGGACGAAUGGGCCGAGUUUUACUUCAAGUUUAACGAGAACGCGAGAAACGUUCGCGCCGAUCAGAACGUGUCCAGUCGUUUGGAGCUGCGCAAAAGGUUGAAAUGCAAGAACUUCGAAUGGUAUUUGGAUAACGUGUGGACGCAGCACUUCUUCCCGAAGAAGGACAGGUUCUUCGGACGCAUAAAGAACUUGGAGGAGGAUCUGUGUCUCAUUAAGCCACUGGGGAAGCUGAACAGUAACCAGCCAACGGGAAUAGCGAAGCUGAACGAAUGCCUGAAGCACGAUAUGAUAAUCGAAAUGUUUGUGAUGACCAAAGAAGGGUUCGUCGUUACGGACGAUUCAAUUUGCUUGGAUGCGCCGGAAAAGGAGACGGAUGGAGUCAAAACCGUGAGGAUAAUGGCUUGCAAUUGGGCUAACAGGCAGAAAUGGAAGUACAACGAGAAGACGAAGGAGUUCAUUCACGUGAGCAACAACCUGUGCUUGGACGUCGCACCGUCCAAGAAGUACGAGGAUGGUUUGGUCAUCACCAAAUGCAUGAACACAGAUACUCAAAAAUGGAUAUUGGAAGCCGUUCCUUGGACAUAAUUUAUUUCACACACACAUCCUUUUUAUAUUAAUUUACACAUCUUUUUACAAAUAUUUAUUGAC